CCAGGGGCAGCGGAGAGGGGAAAAUGGCGAACGCGGGGCUGAAGGGGAGGAGUGCAGCCCGCCGCCCCACUCCCCUCACCGGCUUUUAAAUAUCAUCGCUCCUUUCAAAUUGAACUUCUCCGUGCGGCCCAUGCCCUGACUAUUCGGCAACAGCAGCAGCACACUGGCUCGGGGGGGUGGUUUACGAGGGAAACAGCACGCGCCUUGGGGGGGAGGGGGGAUAACCCUCAGCUGCUGCCUCCUCCUUCCUCCUUCCUCGAACAUCACUCACUGCCUGUCAGAGUGACGGUUAUUAACAUGUCCCCUCAUGGAAGGGCAGUGAGUUACUGCUGAUGACUGCUCAGUCUGUGCUGGCAGCUUUCAGACUGAACUCAGGGAAAUUUAUUCUCAACUGCAGCUAUAAAGGAAUCAUGGGCUAAAUGUGUGCAAACCCAUUGACACAAUGGGAACGGCGUCUUCGCUGAUUGGCCCAAAUGAAGUCAUCGAAGACACGGAUGGUGGCGGUGGGGAAGCUUGCGAGAUCCCAGUGGAAUUCAAACCUAAGGCCAGACUGUUGCGCAGCUCCUUUAGAAGGGGUCCACGGGUAAUUGGUGCAAGCUUCAAAUCAACAACUUCAGUUGACCUUGAAUAUGCUGCGGAAUACGAGCGACUCAAGAAAGAAUAUGAAAUCUUCCGUGUCAGUAAAAAUAAUGAGAUUGCCUCCAUGCAGAAAAAGGAAACCAAACUUGACAAGGAAAAUAAAAGAUUGAGAGCGGAACUUCAGGCUUUGCAGAAAACCUACCAGAAGAUACUUCGAGAAAAAGAAAGUGCCCUCGAGGCAAAAUACCAGGCUAUGGAGAGAGCUGCCACAUUUGAGCAUGACAGGGAUAAAGUGAAAAGGCAGUUCAAGAUUUUCAGGGAAACGAAGGAGAAGGAGAUUCAAGAUCUAUUGCGAGCCAAGCGUGAGUUAGAAACCAAAUUUCAGAGACUGCAGGCUCAGGGUGUUCAACUGUUUGAUCUCGCUGAUUCUGACUCAGACGAUAAUCAUACUGAUGUUACAGCCACAGGCACUCAGUGUGAAUACUGGAGUGGUGGGGUCCUGGGAAGUGAGCCAUCUUUGGGCAGCAUGAUACAGCUUCAACAGACGUUCCGAGGUCCAGAACUCGCACAUAGUUCCAUAGAUGUCGAAGGACCGUUUGCCAAUGUUAAUCGAGAUGAUUGGGAUGCUGCUAUGGCGAGCUUGCUGCAGACGACACCAUUUCUUCCUCAGACCCUUUGGAGCAAUACAGUGCGCUGUUAUCUCAUGAAUUCUGCAGACACACAGCCUGAAGUAGACUUGCUUCUACAAGAAUAUUUACCGAAGCUGCAAAUGAUGUGCGAGAGUCUUGGGCACUUUUUUCUUCUAGUACAAUUCGCAGUGGAGUGUGCCAGUCAGUAUCUAGCUGAGAGAAAACGAGAGAUAGAGAAAAGCUCCUUGUGUCUUUUCCUUCUGGGUUCUGCUUUACCUCGGUGUAUAGAAGAAGACUGUGAAGAAAGUUUCCUGAAAAAUGCUGACACUAGACCAUUGAUAAUAUACCACAGAUUGGAGGAGAGCAGUGGGAAUUCAGACUUAGUAUUCCAGAUGAUUGGCAGACUGUCUGAUGCACAUCAAAACCAAAAAGCAAAGAUCAUUGAGCAUGAUGGAACUGCAGAGGAGGGAGCAAAGAAAGUGUUUUCCCAAGUCGAAAAGCUUAUUAAACAGGAAUUGCUGGGUUGGGGAAGCACAGAUCUUGAAAACAAAGAUUCUGGAAUUGAGGAUGAUUCCACCAACUGGGAAGAGGAGGACAUUGAUGAUGCAAUUUGGGAUAUGCAUGAUGAGCAGGAACAGUUAGAAGCUUUUCAAGCAGCAGUUGGAUCAACCUGUGAAUUGGGAUUUGAGAAGUAUUAUGCUCGGCUGAAUGAACUGGUGACAGCUCCUGCACCUAUUCCUCCACUCCUUGUGUCAGGUGGUCCAGGCUCUGGAAAAUCGCUUUUGCUCUCCAAAUGGAUUGAGCACCAGCAAAAAUGUUCCCCAAACACUUUAGUUUUAUAUCACUUUGUGGGAAGGCCCCAGUCCACCAGCUCAGAACCAGCUCUAAUAAUAAAGCGACUGACUGUAAAGCUAUUGCAGCAUUCAUGGUCCAUGUCUGCCCUUGCCCUGGAUCCAAAUAAGUUGCUGGAAGAAUUUCCUCGAUGGCUGGAGAAACUAUCAGCCCGCCACCAAGGCAGUAUUAUCAUAAUCAUUGACUCCAUUGACCAGAUUGAGCAAGCUGAACGGCACAUGAAAUGGCUGAUUGAUCCAUUGCCUGUCAAUGUAAGGGUGAUUGUUUCUGUAAAUGUGGAAACUUGUCCCCAAGCAUGGAGGUUAUGGCCAACACUACACCUUGAUCCAUUAAGCCCGAAGGAUGUCAAGACUCUGAUCAAUUUGCAGUGCUGUAAUGCUGACGUGAAAUUGACUAGAGAACAGGAGAAGAAGUUAGAGAAACAUUGCAGAUCUGCGACUACAUGCAAUGCACUGUAUGUUACCCUACUGGGCAAAAUGAUCACAAGUAUCAAAGGUCUGGGAGAUAUAGAUGAAACUCUCCAGAAAUGUUUCCAGUGCCAGGAUACAGUUUCUUUAUACAGACUUGUGCUGCAAUCUAUACAGCAAUCUGUGCUUACUGACAGGGCCAAGCAGCUGAUGAGAGAGAUUCUCUGUCUAAUCUAUGUGAGUCACAAUGGUGUUAGCGAAGGUGAACUAUUAGAGAUUUACCCAGAACUUUCCUGGCCUAUAUUAGCCUCUCUUCUUCAUAGUUUGCAGGGCACGUAUGUGAUAACGUACAGCUGUGGAUUGCUGAAAUUUCAGCAUCUUCAGGCUUGGGAAGCAGUGAGAUUGCAAUAUAUGGAAAAAGAAGAGUCCGACACUAUUACAGUGUACAGAGAAAAACUUGUGCGAUAUUUUUCACAUCAAAUGAGUCAGGGCAGAGUAACCUGGCGUGAUGCUGAUGAACUUCCCUGGCUCUUCCAGCAACUGGGAGACAAACAGAAACUGCACAAUUGCCUGUUGAACCUUUUUGUCUCUCAGAAUCUUUACAAGAGGGGCCAUUUUGCGGAGCUGCUUUCGUACUGGCAAUAUGUGGGAAUGGAUAAAACUUCUAUGGCUGCUGCUUAUUUUGAGUCUUUAAAGCAGUAUGAAAAAAAAUGUGAAGGCGAAGAUAUGAUCACACGUUUGGCAGAUCUGUAUGAAACGUUAGGGCGCUUUUUGAAAGACUUGGGCCUACUGAGUCAGGCUGUAGCACCCUUGCAGCGUUCUCUGGAGAUCCGAGAGAGUGCAUUGGACCCUGAUCAUCCCAGUGUGGCUCAGUCCUUGCACCAGUUGGCUGGUGUGUAUGUACAGUGGAAGAAGUUUGGAAAUGCAGAGCAGCUGUACAAGCAGGCACUAGAAAUCAGUGAAAAUGCCCAUGGUUCGGUUCAUCCCCGGGUGGCUCAGGAGCUGGAUGCUCUAGCAAUGCUUUAUCAGAAACAAAAUAAACUGUUUCAUAUUUUGAGGUAUGAACAAGUGGAGCCAUUAAGAAAGCGGUCUAUGAAGAUCCGACAGAAGGUUUCCACACAGAAAGGAAACAUGCAUGGUUCUGCUGUUCUUCGCCGCCGCGCUCUACAGUUGGAGGAGCUUACACUUGGGACAGAGUCAGCAGACACAGCUCGCAUACUGAAUGAACUGGGAGUUCUCUACUACCUUCAAAACAACAUUGAGACAGCUGAAAUCUUCUUUAAACGUUCGUUGGAAAUGAGGGAGCGGACCCUUGGUUGUGACCAUCCUGACUGUGCACAGUCUUUGAAUAACCUGGCAGCUUUAUACAAUGAGAAGAAGGACCAUGAGAAAGCUGAGGAGCUGUAUGAGAGGGCACUGGAUAUUCGGCGUAUAGCCCUGGCACCUGAUCAUCCCUCUGUGGCUUAUACUGUGAAACACCUGGCAGUGUUGUAUAAAAAGCGAGGAAAAUUGGACAAGGCUGUUCCUUUAUGUCAGCUGGCAGUUGAAAUUCGUCAGAAGUCCUUUGGCCCGAAGCACCCAAGUGUGGCAACUGCCCUGGUGAAUUUGGCUGUUCUGUAUUGUCAGUUGAAAAAACACGCUGAAGCUUUACCACUGUAUGAACGUGCUCUGAAAAUUUAUGAGGACAGCUUGGGUCGUUCUCAUCCCAGAGUGGGAGAGACACUGAAGAAUCUAGCAGUGCUCAGUUAUGAGGAGGCCAAUUUUGAAAAAGCUGCUGAGCUAUACAAAAGAGCAAUGGAUAUUAAGGAAGCUGAGGCGUCAGUGCUUGGUGGAAAAGCUCUUUCAAGACAUUCAUCCACGGGCGACACUUUCAGCUUAAGAAAUGCGCUGGCUUCUAAUCCCUACCUAGAACUGGGAUACAGAUGACUCAUGGAUAGAAAUGGACUGCAGAACCUGUAAAUAUGAAAAAUAUUGGGACAAAGUGAUAUUGUUAUUUCCGUUUUUACAGCUGCCUUGAUCUCAAUAUGCUAUGUCAAGCCUGAAAUGGAGUUAUAUUUAAAUUUGCAGCGGUAAUUUCUAAGAAACUGAAGUAAUCAUGUUAGGAGAUACAAGUUGCAUAAAGAAAUUUAUCAGAAAGAAAAAUUAGGUUCAAGCAGUAAACUGUGACAAUGGAAAGCAAAGUCCUUUCAGCUAGUAACUGGCAUCAUGUUACCCUACAGGUGUCCUGAGUUAGCAGAACACAUUUGUAAAUGAAGAUUUCAUUACUGAACAAUAACACUGCUUGGAGAAAGCAACAAAGUUUUCUGUGAGCAACAUUUGAGGUUUUUAUCAGUGCUGAUUUUGUUUUUAUUCCAAUUGAGUAUAAAUUUGUCUCAGUCUUAAACAUGAUUAAAUAUAGCAAUGUUAAAUAACCUCCUUUCUUUGAAAGGAAAAACAUUUUUCAAGGAAACCUAAACUAAUACUUCCAAAAUAAAAUUCCACAGAUCACCUUGAAGGAGAGUAACAAGAUAAUAACUGUACAAAAGAAUGUUGAUGUAUUUUUUUUAGUUGCUGCAGGUGAAAAUUCUUUAUAUUAUUGAAAAUGCAGUAUUGUGAAGCAAAACACAGCUGCUCAUUUCAGUGAUAUGCUCAAUACCUCAAUAUUAAAUAUAGGACAUAAAUAUCUGGCUCUCAUGCCAUUUGCCAAGGAAACCCUCACCCCACAACGAAGGGAAAGGUCCUUUUGGCCAAUACAACUGUCUUUGUGAGCUCAUUCAACACUUCAGAUGCACACCUUCCAAUGCUCAUCCAAAACUCCGCAUCCUCCAUCUGUUCAACAAAGUAUCCUGUUCAACACUAACCUUGCUGACCUCCAAUGACUGGUCAUCCUACAGCACACUGCCUCCAGAAAUCCCCCACCUUGUCUCCAAUUCGGACCAAGUGACUUCACCCAAGUGACUGCUUGCAUCCUCCAGUUUACAACUGCUCUUGUAGCCUGUGUAAGGGACAGUACUGAGGAGCUGUAAGCCACUGGGAGUUAAUAAGUGUAAAAUCGAUUGAUUAACUGGAAACUCAUGAAAGGUAUUCUUUGCACUAAGGGGGACUGCAAUAAAGACUCAACAAGUUAAUAAAUUUAUAGGAGGGAUGUGUAAUUGACAAGCUACUUUCAAUGUAGACAAUUGUGACGUGAUACAUAUUGGUGAGAGUAACAUAAACUACGUGGCUCUUGAGAAAUGAGUAGAGUGAGAAAGGUACAAAGGAUUCUAGGGGAUUGAUUCACAGCAUUAUAAAUAACAACAUAGGGUUAAGCAAAGGUUAAUUAGCAACACAGGUUAAUAAGGCUUUGAAAAAAUGUGAAGCAUGAAAGUUCCCUUCCAGAAGAGGGUCAGAACUGAAAGUACUGAGAGUGUUAAAUUUAUAUUGAAUGUUUGUUAAGCCACAAGAAGAAUGGGAUGAAUACUGAAGGAGACUUCAUGUUUAAAAAAGGAAAUUGGGGCACUCCUUGGAGAAGGUGGAAAUAAGAAAUGACACACCUUAGCAAACCUGAGAAAUUAUAAUCCAAAAGGCUGAACAGACCAGAGCUCUGGUCCUGAAGAGAGGUGAUCUGACGUGAGAUUUUUACAUUUAUGGAGUUUGACAGAGCAAAGAAGAUAUUUCCACUUGUGGGAAAAUCUGAAAGUGAUAAAUUCAUAUAUUUUCUAAUAAAUUGAACGAGUCAGUAAUCAAAUCUAGUGAAGGAUUUGAGAGAAACUUCUUUACCCAGAGAGUAGAUAGAAUGUGGAAUUCUCUGAUAGUAUUUGAGGUGAAUAGCAGUUAUUUUUAGAGGGAAAAAAGGAGUGAUGGGAUACAUGCAACAGGUUAGAUAAUCCCAGAGUGGGAUAAGCAUAGUGGAUGGUAAAGAGUAAAGUUUACAUUGCAGUAGUGUGUACACUGACCUGACCUUUGCAGUUUCUAAUUCCCUAGUGAGUUCUAACUUUGCCUUGCUACCACUUUGUCUCACGGCAUCUUUUCUCACCUUCAGAAGUGACUCCGACUUACCUCUAAAGUAUACACUCCCUUUUUGAUUUGGUCUAACCGCUGAAAUGUGAAGUAAUCUGGAGCAUUGUUACAUUAUCGUCCUGAUGUUGUCCUUAAUCUUUUGUGCAGCAGAUGUGCGAAAGUUUAAAGUCACAAAGUCUUGCAACUGCCUGAAUUUUGAGUUCCAUUGUUGUUGUGGACUGUUUCCCUUCAAAGCAAACCUGAGACGGUACAAGGGGAAAUGUGGGUAAAUGUGCCUUGAUUGAAAAUUGCCAAUAGGCAAAAAAACGGUUAAUUUUUUAAAGUUACAUGUGAAGUAUUUAGAUUUAUAGUGCAAUGUAAUGUUAUCCUACUGUUUGAGAAAUAAGCUAUUAAGUCCUGAAAAUACAGUAUUGUAAAUGAAGUUGUAACAAAGAAUUUGAAAUCUAUUUACCACUCUAAUGACAUGGUAUAAUGCACAGCGCAUUUAUUAUUUUGGUGCAGAACUUGCGAUGCAAUCAAUCUGAUGUAACUGGA